CUCUCAAGAAUGAAAAUGCUUCUCUUUGGUGUCUGGACCCUGCUGACCUUGAUCCCUUGUCCAGGGACCACAGAAGAGCUGUUUCAAGUCUCUGUUUGGCCAAACCAGGCCCUGGUAGAGUUUGGACAAUCCCUAACCAUCAACUGCAGCACCACCUGCCCAGAGCCUGGGCCCAGUGGAGUCGAGACCUUCUUAAAGAAGACCCAGCUGAGCAAAGGGCCUCAGUGGAAGGAGUUUCUGCUGGAGGACGUCACGGAGAACUCCGUCCUGCAAUGCUUCUUUUCUUGUUCGGGGGUCCAGAAGGAGACAACGCUUGACAUCACCAUGUACCAGCCACCAGAGCAGGUGAUCCUGGACUUGCAGCCCGAGUGGGUAGCCAUGGAUGAAGCGUUCACGGUGAAGUGUCACGUGCCCAGGGUGGCACCUCUGCAGAACCUCACCCUCACCCUCCUCCAGGGUGACCAAGAACUGCACAGAAAGGCCUUCAUGGGUUUCUCUGUGGCAUCCCAAAGAGCUGAGGUCACCAUCAGCGUCAGAGCCCAACGGGAGAACGAUAGGUGCAAUUUCUCCUGCCGCGCAGAACUCGAUCUGAGCCCACGAGGCGGGGGGCUGUUGCACGGCAGCUCAGCCACCAAGGAGCUCCGGAUCUUUGAAUUCUCUCAGAGUCCCCAGAUCGGGGUGCCAUCACUGCUGGAAGUUGGGAUGGCGGAGACUGUGAGCUGUGAGGUGGCUAGGGUGUUUCCUGCCCGAGAAGCUGUCUUCCACAUAUUCCUGGAAGACCAGGAGCUGAGCCCUUUCUCCUCCUGGAAGGGAGAUGCCGCAUGGGCCAGUGCCACCAUUCGGGCUAUGGAGACCGGCGACCAGGAGCUGACCUGCCUUGUGUCUCUGGGUCCCAUGGAGCAGAAAGUGAAGAAAGCAGUGCGUGUGUACAGUUUCCCUCCACCGAUUCUGGAGAUAGAAGACACUUACCCUAUGGCCGGGACAGAUGUUAAUGUCACCUGCUCAGGUCAUGUGUUAACAUCACCUAGCCCUACUCUUCAGCUCCAUGGAUUCCCAAACCUCUCCGCUCCUGGGGAGGCUGCGUGGCUUCUGUUCACUGCCAAGGAGGAAGAUGAUGGCCGGAAUAUCUCCUGUGAGGCCUCUGUGGAGGUUCAGGGCCAGCGAUUGGUCAAAACCACUGAGGUCCAGCUUCAUGUCUUAUACAAGCCGAGGUUUGAGGAAUCUGGCUGCCCUGGCAACCAGAUCUGGGUAGAAGGGAUGGAUCAGAUGCUUGCCUGCAUCCCAGAGGGAAACCCUGCCCCGGCUUUGGUCUGUGUCUGGAAUGGGAUGAUCAUUGACCUUGAUGUACCUCAGAAGGCCACCCAGAACCUCACAGGAACCUACUGCUGCACAGCCACGAACCAGCUAGGCUCUGUGAGCAAAGACAUUGCUGUUGUCGUCCAAGGACUUCGUGAAGGGAUCAGCUCCUCCACCAUCUUUAUCAUCAUCAUCUUCACCCUCGGCUUGGCUGUGAUCACCAUAGCACUUUAUCUGAACUACCAGCCCUGCAAAAGAAGCCAGAGGAAACGGGCGCAUAGGCAGAAGGGGCAGAACAAAGACGAGGAAAGCCAGUUUGCAGACAUACAGGCAGAAGACUGCAACUCACAUCACUGUUGACCGAAAGCAGCUCUUCGCUCGAGUGUGCCUUCAGCUACCAGCAUUUUAGGAGAGGAAAAGGUGUGCCAAGGGGGAUGGAAGAGACAGAAUGUGACAUUGAGUUCCCCUGUGUUCUGCUGUCCCCCAAACAGGCUUUCGGGGCUCCCUGUGGCUUGCAUCUAGUCUUUCUGGAGCUUGCCCCUCUCCUUUGAGUUUAUUCCAGUUCGUUCCAAUCUUAGGCACACAGAAGAAGGCCCUGCCCUUGCCCCUCAUUCUUACUGCCCACCUUUCAAGCAGCAAACGGGAAGGAUCAUGGGAAAUAUCCUGGAGUAGAUUACAUUGCUCAGGGAUUUCCAGUGACUAACUAGGAGCUUAUUUCGUAGUUCAGGGACAAGACUUUACAGGGUAGGCAACAAGAAGAUGGGCCGGAAUUAGAAUUCUGUUCCCCUGUCCAUAGUCCCCUGCUCCCCAAACAGUGCCCAAUGACACCGUGAAGGGUGUCACUGGGUUAAUAAGCUUCACCACAGAAACCCUCUGCAAUUUCAGAGGGUCAGAGUAGUGGCCUACCUAGUAUUAUAACAAAACAGAAAACCUAGGACUUAGAGUGCUGCACAAGAUGGCCUCAAACUUGUGAUCCUCCAGCCUCAGCCUGUGACUACAGGUAUAUGCCAUCACACCCUAAUUAUUUUGGGCAGCAGCUUUAAAGUAGAAGAUAGAAUACUUCCAUGACAUUGAUCUAAUAGGGUGCCACACUCCGAAUUAGAAGGCUGAGUCCCACAUUUACUCUCCCUCUCCACAAAGAAUUACUUGUUUUUGUCUUCUUCCUGCCAAGUUCCCAGGAUGGAAGUGCAUGAGCCCACAGCAGAGUGCGUAGCUGGGUCUUAAUUCUGUCAGAAUGCUCACAUUAUGUGCUCUCGAUAUUCGCCUUUGGAAGGUGUGUGUCCACCUUGGUGAAGGCUUGAGGGAGGUGAA